AUGACAACGGCAUUUCUGUUAUUCACCUUCCUGUGGCAUCUAGUCAAAGCAAUCGAUGAUGCUACCGCAAACUCUAGCAUCUCAGACCUAUGCAUCCAGAUGCCAGGAAUGCCAGGAUGUGCAUUGCGAACAUUCUGCGACACUAGCCCAUCCUCUCUCGCACAACCAUACUGCCAACCCAUCUCCCUACUAGGCGAUAUCUGUCUCAACGACAUGCCACGAAUGGCAUCAUGCCAGCCCUACAAUGAAUCCUGUUCUCUCAACACGACCUGCCAAUCCCUAUAUCCCCCUGUACCGCAGCUUCCAACAUCGCUGAAACUAGCUCAAAACAUUUACUCGAUAUGUAGCGCAAUGACAAUGGACGGAUGCUCGACGUGUCAGUUAACUAGUGCAUCGACGUACUCGGAUUGUAAUAUGUUGGGUGUAUACGCUGGUAUGUGCAAAGUCAUGCCGGGGAUGACGCAGUGCAGUGAGUACGUGGCGAUGUGUAGUGCAUCGUUGAAGGGUAGUAGUCUGUGUACUAGUAGUGCCUCUGAUGCUCCGCCGGAGAUGAAGAUGUAUUUCCAUACAGGAAUAGUAGAAUAUGUGCUGUUUCAAGGAUGGGUGCCACGGACUACUGUACAAUACGGUUUCACAUUGCUGGGAUGCUUUAUACUGGCUAUAAUCUAUGAGGGCUUCCUGGCCCUACAUAUUGUGUUGGACACUUACAUUGGAACCACCAAAGAUCAGAACAAGUCACUACAAUCUUUUCCAACAUCAGCAUCACAAUCAACCAAUUCUUCAACACCGAUUCAGCCAGCUCGAUCAAAAGCCCGUUUUGCUUGGCCUUGGACGCAAAUGGUACUUCGAGGGCUCCUACGGCUGAUAAACGCUACGCUUGCGUAUGCACUGAUGCUCAUAGCAAUGACGUAUAAUGUGGGAUUGUUUUUUGGUGUGGUGCUGGGUCUUGCUGUCGGUAGUAUGGCAACGACGGGAAUAUUGAAGGCGAUUCAACAUAACUCAUAUGUCACUGCUAGAGAUGAAGAGCUCUGUUGUUGA